AUGGCACGUUACCGUCUGGUCUCAGGGGUUGUGGGCGUGGAGGUCACUCCUGUGGAGGACACGGCAGCCUCGACUCGGCGGCCUCGCCCCGCCUCACCCCUUGGCUUCCCGUCCGUCCCGCGGUUUCCUCCUCGUUCUUCUCUGCGGCCGGUUGCUGCGGAGCCUUGGGGUGUUCCUGCGGGAGGUACUAGAGGCCCCGGGGGUGUCAGUGGUGGAGGUGCUGGUUUGGUGGGUGCUGGAGCUGGAGGCACUAGCACUGUGGCACCUACACCGCGCACUGUACGUUUCCUGACCCGUGAGCAGCGUCUCCUCAGGUUGGAGAGGGAGGAGCGUGAGCGGUUUGAGAGGGCACAGCAGCAGGAGCAGCAGCAGCAGCAGCACCAGCAGCAGCAGCAGCAGCAGCAGCAGCAGCAGCAGCAACAGCAGCAGCAGCCGCAACAGCAGCAGGAGAGAGUAGAGGAGGAGUAA